UCAGUGCGGGCGGGUGGAGGAGGAGGAGCCGACGAGCGGCGUCGGAGUCGGCGGUCGCUCGCUGGCUUUCCGGCCAUGAGCCCCCCGGAGCCACGGCUGGGGCCGGAACCGGGACGGGCUGGCGGCGGGUUCUGAGAGCGGCGGGAUGGCGCGGCCGGCGGGCGGCGAGUGCUGGGAAGGCGAGGACGGGCAGUGCGAUUCCGGCAUCGAGUCCCUGCGCUCGCUGCCGGGCGGGCGGGAUAACCCGGCUCCCGCAGACACCCCGACCCUCACCGAGCCGCCGACCCCCGCCGGGGGAACUCCGACCGCCGCAGGAGAGAACCGGACCCCCUGCGAGCCGCCGACCCCCUCCGAGGAGCGCCUGGACUCCAGCUACAGCUCCGGCGCCCUCCCCGAAGCGCUGCCGACCGCCGAACCGCCACCGCCGCCCGACGGCUCGAACCGGCGGCAGCUGGAGGCACUCACCUACGUCUCCGAGGACGGUGACACGUUGGUGCACCUUGCAAUUAUUCACUGUGUCCCAGAUGUGGCACUCUGCUGCAUCGCUCAGCUUCCCAGAGAGCUGCUGGAGAUCCAGAAUGACCUUUUCCAGACCCCACUGCACCUGGCAGUCUAUCUGGAGCAGCCCAGCGUAGUCCAGGCACUAAUCCACAAAGGAGUCAACCCUGGGCUGCAGGAUCGCAAUGGCAACACCCCACUGCACCUGGCCUGUGAGCAGCAGCGCCUGCGCUGUGCCCGGCAGCUGCUGCAGGGCACGGCUGAACCCCCUGGGCACUCCCAGGACCUGCAGCUCCAGAACUGGCAAGGCCUGGCCUGUCUGCACAUCAGCACCUUGAAGGGGAACAUCCAGAUGAUGUCCCUGCUGCUGCAGAGUGGUGCCAACAUUGAUGUUCAGGAGGGCACAAGUGGGAAGACCCCACUGCACAUGGCAGUGGAGUGCCACAACCGGAGUGCUGUCCAGUUCCUGCUGCACAAUGGGGCCUACGUGGAUGCCCAGAUGUACAACGGCUGCACCCCGCUCCACCUGGCUGUGGGUCGCAAGGACGCUGCCAUCGCCGCCAUCCUCUCACACUCCGGGGCAGACACCCUACUGAGGAACAUGGAAAACGAGACAGCCCAGGACCUGGCUGAUGGCAAUGAUGAUGUGAGUGAGCUCCUCGCCUUGCUGCCCUUUGACGACCUGAAGAUCUCGGGGAAGCCCGUCAUGUGCUCUGAGUGAGCGGUGGACACAAGGCCCACAGGCGGCCUCCUCGCCCCAUGCUGCCCCCCUGAUGCCUGCAAUGGGUGUGGAGCCAUGUGUUAUGCCUGCCCGGAGAAGAGUUUUGUGGGCCUUGGGCUGCCUUUCUGGACAGAAGGAGGUGGCACUACGAGCACUACACAGGGGUGGCUGUGCCCAGAUUUGUGCCUGGUGGGGUCUGUGCUACAGAUCAGCAGGACUGAAUUCCCUUCCCUACCAAGGGCCUGAACUGCAGGGGCUGUGGGCUGUCGCUGACUGGGGAUGGAGCAGGAGAGGACUGUUCAUCACACUGCACAGGGACAGAGUAUCCUUUGGCACCCCAGCCCUCAUCAGAGCAAGUGUGUGUGAGCAGCUAGCGCUCACUGUAAUAAACCUUUGUUCUGGCUGCAGGUGCUCCAGCUCUCGUGUCACCCAACCUCCUCCACUCCCACACAGUGUCAGGUUGAUUAGAAACCAUAGGGUCUUCCCUGGGUUCUGCAGGCUGAAGUGAUGGCCGGACGGGUCGUCUCCACAUCCUUUAGUUCCUCACCUCCCAUCCCUGCCUCUCACCUGUGCUGUGGGAACAGACACCCAGCCCAGCCAGGGGAAUUCCCUGCUUGCCUCCAUGGAGCAGCUGCUGUUGUGCGGGGCAAGCCCUGGAUGGCGCAAUCACCCUCGAUGCUGCAGAGCUGCUCGCAGCUUUCUUUCUCCCUUCUUGCAAAGGCUGAUGUGAGGGAACACUGCCAGGAACGCAGCACUUGCUCCUCUGGUCUCUUGAGCUGCCAUUGAGGAGCUGUGUUAGCAGCACCUGCCAAGGCCGGCUGCCCUGUGGCUGUGGGAUGCAGCUUCUCACAGUGCUGUGGUGGUGCCAGGCAUGAAGGAGAAGGAGCCGGAGGGGAAAGGCAGAAGCAAGUGAUCUACAGUUUGAUGAUUAUUAUUUUUUAAUAAUAAAACAAGUGCUUGGG